AUGAAGUUCUUCAUUGAUGAUCUUCCAGUGCUGUUCCCGUACCCUCGCAUCUAUCCCGAACAAUAUGCCUACAUGUGCGAUCUCAAAAAGACCCUCGAUGCAGGGGGUCACUGUGUGCUGGAAAUGCCCUCAGGGACCGGAAAGACCGUUUCGCUCCUGUCGUUGAUCGUCGCCUACCAACAGCACUACCCAGAGCACCGAAAGCUCAUUUACUGCUCCCGAACAAUGUCGGAGAUUGAGAAAGCGCUAGCAGAGCUGAAGGCGCUGAUGGAACACCGCGCAAAGGAGUUGGGUCAUGAGGAGGAAUUCCGCGCACUCGGUCUCACCAGUCGAAAGAACCUCUGUCUUCACCCUUCCGUGAAGAGAGAAAAGAGUGGUACGGUGGUCGAUGCUAGGUGCAGAAGCUUGACAGCGGGCUUCGUCAAGGAGAAAAAGGAACGAGGCGAAGAUGUCGAUCUCUGCGUAUAUCAUGAAAAUCUCGACCUACUCGAACCGCAUAACCUCGUUCCCCCCGGCGUCUUCACGCUUGAUGGACUAUCGCGAUACGGAGAAGAGCACAAGCAAUGCCCAUACUUCUCUGCUCGGCGCAUGAUGCCUUGGUGCAACAUCAUUAUCUAUUCAUACCAUUAUCUUCUGGAUCCGAAAAUCGCAGAACGUGUAUCACGAGAGCUUUCAAAAGAUUGCAUCGUGGUUUUUGACGAGGCUCACAACAUUGACAACGUCUGUAUCGAAUCCCUCAGUAUAGAUCUGAGUGAGGACUCUUUGCGAAAAGCGACCCGAGGCGCAUCAAAUCUAGAACGCAAGAUCGAAGAAAUGAAAAGCUCAGAUGAGGAGAAGCUGAAGAACGAAUACACAAAACUGGUGGAAGGAUUACAAGAGGCAGAGAAAGCUCGCGAAGAGGAUCAAUUUAUCUCCAAUCCGGUGUUGCCCGACGACUUACUCAAGGAAGCAGUUCCCGGCAAUAUUCGUCGCGCAGAACACUUUGUUUCCUUCUUGAAGAGAUUCAUUGAGUAUCUCAAGACUCGCAUGAAAGUGACCCAUACCAUAUCCGAAACACCCCCUUCUUUCCUAACACACCUGAGAGACCUUACCUACAUUGAACGAAAGCCCUUGAGGUUCUGCGCUGAGCGUCUAACGUCACUCGUUCGAACGCUGGAGCUUGUCAAUAUCGAGGACUAUCAGCCUCUCCAAGAGGUAGCCACCUUUGCAACGCUUGUCGCAACUUACGAUAAAGGAUUUGUGCUCAUCCUAGAGCCGUUUGAAUCCGAGGCGGCUACUGUACCAAACCCCAUACUUCACUUCACGUGUUUGGAUGCCGCCAUUGCCAUUAAACCAGUAUUCGACCGUUUCAGUUCUGUGAUCAUUACAUCGGGAACUUUAUCACCUUUGGAAAUGUAUCCGAAGAUGCUGGGAUUCAAUGCCGUACUGCAGGAGUCCUACAGCAUGACACUAGCUCGACGAUCAUUCUUGCCUAUGAUUGUCACUCGAGGCUCUGAUCAAGCUCAAGUCUCCUCUUCUUUCGGAAUUCGAAAUGAUCCUGGUGUUGUGAGAAACUAUGGCUCUUUGGUUACCGAGUUUGCGCGUAUCACCCCUGAUGGAGUCGUCGUCUUCUUCCCCUCCUAUCUCUACAUGGAAUCCAUCAUCAGUAUGUGGCAAGGAAUGGGCAUAUUGGAUCAGAUCUGGAACUAUAAGUUGAUCCUUGUUGAAACACCCGAUGCGCAAGAAUCUUCACUAGCCUUGGAAACUUAUCGGACCGCGUGUUGCAACGGGCGUGGCGCAAUCUUGUUCUGUGUCGCCCGAGGAAAGGUUUCCGAAGGUAUUGAUUUCGACCACCACUACGGUCGUGCGGUGUUGUGUAUCGGUGUUCCAUUCCAGUACACCGAGUCUCGCAUCCUGAAAGCUCGACUCGAGUUCUUGCGUGAAAACUACCGCAUCCGAGAGAAUGACUUCUUGUCUUUCGAUGCUAUUCGACACGCCGCUCAGUGCUUGGGACGUGUCCUGCGUGGCAAGGACGACUAUGGAGUCAUGGUGUUGGCAGAUCGCCGAUUCGAGCGAAAGCGCCCCCAGCUUCCAAAGUGGAUCAACCAGGCCAUGCUGGACAGCGAAACCAACUUGAGCACAGAUAUGGCCGUAUCGAACGCCAAGAACUUCUUGCGUACAAUGGCUCAGCCCUUCAAGUCGAAGGAUCAAGAAGGCAUUUCCACGUGGAGUUUGGCUGAUAUCGAACGCCAUGAGGCAAAGCGAAAAACAGAGGAGGAGCGGAUGAUGAGAGAGGAAGUGAAUGGGAACAUGGACGGCGUGAUCCCAUCUGCAUCUCGCAUUGUCGACGAUGAUUUCGAUGAUGACAUUGAUGAGGAUCUCAUGAUGCUCGACGCGCAAUAA